AUGGUUCUGCCACCCAAUGACCAAGUCAUGGAAGGCCUCAAUCUUACUGGGCUAAGAGACGAAGCCGUCAAAGAUUACGGCGCAUGGCAUGAAUCGAUUGUUGGUGACGAAAAUCUGAAAGCACAGUUUCGGCAAGCAUGCAAGGUGGCGUUAGCCAAUAGUCUUGAUCUUAGACUGAUUCACGAGGACCAAGAUCCCUCAUUCUUUAUCGACAAAGGGAUUGUGGUGGGUAUUGCACGCCAAUUCGUGAGAGAUAUUGGCCAAUGGGUUAAGUGUGUAAGAAAUGUCACGCUGGACGACCAAGCUACGCAGGCCGCAGCUUGA